CGGGCGAGCCGGCUCUGGGCGUGGCGGUAGCGCUCCGAGGCCGUCAGCAGGAAGAAGUCGUAACGGGACAGAUCCAGCCGCCCCAUGUCCUCCUCCGUCAACCCCACUCCCGCACCCAGAUGAACGACGCCCCAGGCCCCGAAAUGCCCCUGCAGCCCCCGGCGGACGCCUCGCCGGGCUCCCCGGACCGGGGCGACGUCUCGGUCGUGGUCGUGGGGGCGCCGGGCUGCGGCAAGUCGGCCCUGCUCAACGCCGCGCGGGGCCUGGCGGAGGGUGACGCCCGCGCGGCCCCGCUGGGGGCUCCGGCCAGCUCCGGGGGGCCUGUGCUGUACCCCGAUCCGGCCCGGCCCAACCUGCUGCUCUGGGAGCUGGCCCUGACGGCGGGCGAGGGGCCGGCGCGCUGGCUGGCCGAGGGGGACGUGGUGCUCCUGGCCACCGACGGGCUAUUCGGUGCCAGCCACGCCUGCCUGGCCCAGGAGGCCCGCGGCGCCGGCAAGACGGUGCAUUUCGCCCGCACCAAGGCCGACCUGGACCUGCACACCCUCCGGCGGCUCCUGGGCGAGCGCUACGACCGGGCCCGGGCCCUCGACGCCCUCCGGGCCGCCUGCGUCCAGUCCCUGGCGGCCCAUGGCCUUGGGGAGCCCCCGCCCGUCGUCUUCCUCGUCUCCGGCCACGAGCCCCAGGAGCUGGACGGGCCCCUGCUGCGCCAGGCUCUGGUGGGAGACGUCAGGGUGUACGAGAGGGUGCUGCGCCCGGCGCUCUCCGGCUUUGAGCAGAUCAGCGAGCGGGAGGUGGCCGAGAUCCAGGAGGCCUAUGAGCUGGGCGGCCUGGCGGAGGUGGUGACCCGGGUCCAGUGCAGCCUGGAGACCCUCUGGAACGCCCGGCUGGAUGUGGCCGUCACCGGGGAGUCGGGGGCCGGCAAGUCCACCUUCGUCAACGCCCUGCGAGGCCUGAGCGACGAGGCCGAGGGGGCGGCCCAGACCGGCGUGACCGAGACCACGGCCCAGCCCACGGCCUACCCCUACCCCGGCUACCCCAACGUGACGCUGUGGGACCUGCCGGGCAUCGGCACGCCCAGCUUCCGGGCCGACCGCUACCUCGAGGCCGUGGAUUUCACUCGCUACGACUUCUUCAUCAUCCUGGCCUCGGAGCGGUUCAAGGAGAACCACGUCCGCCUGGCCCGGGCCAUCGUGGAGCAAGGGAAACGCUUCUACUUCGUGCGCGCCAAGGUGGACAACGACCUGGAGGCCACGCGGAGGAGGAAGGACCCGCCCGAGGAAGAGGAGGUGCUGGAGGAGAUCAGGAGGGACUGCCGGGAACGGCUGGGCCAGGCCGGGCUGGGCGACACCAAGGUCUUCCUCCUCAGCAGCUUCGAGAUCGAGAAAUACGACUUCCAGGCCUUCGAGGAGACCUUGGAGCGAGAGCUGCCGGGGCACAAGCGUCACGCCUUCCUCCUCUCCCUGCCCAACCUCUCGCGGGCCAUCGUCGAGAAGAAGCGGCAGCUGCUGCACCAGGAGGUCUGGAAGGUGGCCUUGGUCUCCAGCCUGGUGGCUGCCGUGCCCUUGCCGGGUCUGGCCUUCACCUGCGACGUCUCCAUCCUGCUGAGGAAGCUGGCCGCCUACCGGCAGGAUUUCGGCCUGGACGCGGCCUCCCUGGCCCGGCUGGCGGAGAGGGCCGGGAAGCCGCUGGAGGCGCUGCGGGCCGAGGUGCGCAGCGUGCUCGGGCGCAGCAUCAACAAGGAGGUGGUGAUCGGGCUGCUGGGGAAGGCCACCGGCGGGGGCUUGGUGGUGGUCAACUUCUUCUUCCACCGGAUCCCCAUCUACGGGGCGCUGGCCUCCGGGGGCAUCUCCUUCCACACCACCUACUCCAUGCUCAGCCAGUGCCUGGAGGAGCUGGCGGCCGACUCCCAGCGGGUUCUCGUCAAGGCCUUCGACAGCGAGGUCUGAGGGGGCUUCCAGCCACGCGAGGGGAUCCCCUCCCGCAGCGAAGGCAGAACAGCUGUUAUUGUAGGGUCUCCCGGGCGGGUGGGGGCCGCGUGCAUUGCUUGGUUAUUGUAGGGUCUCCUGAAAGGGGCCUGCACUCCCUGUCCUCUCCCGAAAUCUCUGCCCCCCCACCCCGUAUUCCCAUGGCUACCGUCUCAGCACAGCCACCCUUAUAGCAACCCCCCUGCGGGGGCAAUCGGGCACAGCUCCACUGCAGUCGAUGGGGGCAGAUCCCCAGCCGGCCCCGAUGCCCCAGCGCGGCGCUAGGGGGCGCUGCUCUGCAGGGGGCAGGAUGGGGGCUCUCCCUGGCAGUCAGUGCCGGCCCCGAUGCCCCAGCGCGGCGCUAGGGGGCGCUGCGCUGCAGGGGGCAGGAUGGGGGCUCUCCCUGGCAGUCAGUGCCGGCCCCGAUGCCCCAGCGCGGCGCUAGGGGCGCUGCGCUGCAGGGGCAGGAUGGGGGCUCUCCCUGGCAGUCAG